AUGAAGCUGUCAGUGUUGUUGAUGCUGGCCCUGCUGGCUCUGUCCUCAGCCAGUCUGCAGGACAUUGUGAAGAAGAGCUCACAGCACAGAAAAGUUUUCUUGCUGAACCCAGAGCUGGAGGGUCAGGUGCCUGAACCAACUGGUAACAAAGUGUUGGGCCCUCUGACUCCUGAUGACCUGAAGCAACAGAUGGAUCUACCUUCGUCCUUCGUUUUCGGUAAUAACGUUAACCUGGAGUGGCUGACCUGGGACGGCUCUUUGCCCAAUGGAGCCGUUGCAAUCUACAUCGGUUACACCGAGCGCACCGAUUACGUUUGCAAGUACAAAUGCGAGGCCGGCUUCUACAACCCCAGCCUGGGCCCCUACUGCCGCUACCCCUACGGAGACAGUGAGUACUACGCACCCGAGUUUGAGAUCCUGAUCAAUAAAGACAACUUUGAGUUCCUGGAGUGGAAAGAAGGUUCCUAUGGUUCAGUGCCCCAAUAUUCAGUCAGGACCUGCCCAGGUGUUGGCAUCUAUGUUGGGAAGAACAAGUAUGGUCUUGGGAAGGUUGUUCCUCAGUUUGAAGCCUUCUUUCUGCCUUGGGAAGGCGAUGAGUAUUGGUAUAAGAGUUACCAGGUCAUGACAAUCAACAGGGAUGCCUACACCCAACACAUUACUGACGUCAAGUACAACAUAGAUGAGGUUGCGAUCUUCCAGUAUCCUCCUGAGACCAUGCGCAUCUCCGGGGUCACCAACAACGAAUGCCAGACGGUGGGGAAGACAGUCACCAUCUCAAAGACCACAGAGGUGGAGACCACGUGGAACAUCGGCCGAGCCACCAUGCUGGGUAUCACUGGCAGCAUCACAGCUAAAAUCCCUUUCAUCGGCUCCGGGGGCAUUGAACUGAGCGGUGAGAAGACCCUGCAGUUCUCCAGAGGAACCACCUUGGUGGAGUCGCUCAGCCACUCAGUGUCUGUGGAGCUCACCGUCCCACCAAACCACUCCUGCAGAGUCCGUAUGGAGGGACGCAAGAUCAAAGCCGAUAUUCCCUACACAGCUCGCCUCAGCCGCACCUACCGCAACGGAGACACCCAGUGGACCUCCAUCUCCGGGAUAUACGACGGAGUCCAAAUCGGAGAAGUCCGAGCUGUAGUGGACCGCUGUGAACCUGUUCUCGACGCCAAGCCAUGCCCCUGA